AUGUCAUUCUCUUCUCCCUCCCCUCUCAUUGGCAGCCGCCAGCCCCCAUCUUCUCCAUUCUCUCCGGCGAUAAUCGCCACUCUCAAACAGCGAACUCCGGCACCACCCUCUCCUCUAUCCUCUUCUCAAUCCAUCUCUUCUCUCUUCCUUUAUUCUCCACCUUCUUUUCUCCAUCGCUGGCAGCACUCAGGCAAGCUGCCAGGCAGCAGCGAAGCAGCAGCAAGAGCAGCGCUAGCAAGCCUCCAUCGCGAGCAGAAACUCCGGCGAGAUGCGCCAGGCAGCGCCGCCCUUUCCCCUUUUCUCCCCUCUUCCCGUUCCUCUCCUCUUUACAGGCAGCAGCAGGCGGCGCCGCUCCUUCCUCCCUCUCCCGUCAUUCUCCACUUCUCCCCUCUUCUCGUCUCCUCUUCUCCUUCGUCCUCUUUUCCUUUUUUCUUCUUGCAGGGAAGCAGUCCAACAACAGUGACAGCAGCUCCGACAACGCCAGCCAGCAGCCACUCCGACCAGCAGCUAUGGCGGAACGCCGGACGAACAGCAGCUUGA